AUGCAUCAAAAAUCUGUAGAACUUGUGCGCCCUAAGCAAAACGCAAUCUCAAAAUACAAACAUGUCAAGAGCCGGUACCAGGAAAAAAGCAGGGUUGAGAAACUACAAGCAUAUCAAUCGAAACAUUUUUAUAUAAAGCCAAUUAAAAGAGUAGAUUCGAAUUCGAAAUUAGAUAGAACAGAAUUUGACAAAAAGAAGAUUUUACUGGUUGAUAAGUGUUACGCUGAAGUGUUGGAUAACAAUAUGUAUUCAAAUUUCAUAAAUAUAAUUUUUGAUUUGGACAACAGACGACAGAUCAAAAAAAAAAUAUACAAAGUGGGUCCAUCUAUAUUGUCCGAACCAGAUCUGCUAUCAGCCCUACAUGAUUUGUUGAAGUUAAGCAAAUCGCCGAUUGAGUUGUUACACGUUGCGUUUAUAGUCAACUGGUACAAAGCUAAUAAAACGAAAGAUAUAAUAAACCAAUGGUUUAAUUUGCCGGAGUACAAUUGGUUAUGGAUGACCGAAAUUAUUAUAACUGCUGCUCUUGUGUUAGACAGUCACUCUCACGACUGUGACGGUGUCGACGACAAUAGGCCAGAAUCUGCGGUGUUUUGGUACGCAGGUGGAGUAUUUUACAGCCGAAAUGGAUGUACAGAGAUUGCUAUGGAGUACUUCGAGAAGGCUCGAACCAUUUCUGACGGCCCUAGCAAGCUGAUGUUUCCAUCGGUACCUGCAGACUUACAUAAUGAAAUGAGAACAAAAUAUGAUCAGUUUGUUAAAGAACCAUAUAGCGUGUGGACGUUGGCAUGUUUACAUCAAAGCGAUCUACUCAAAAAAAUCGCUAUCGAUCAAGAGCCGGAGAAGGCGCUAAUGACAUUACAUUAUGUCCGUAAACUGCUUAAAGCGUCGAGUGAACCGCACAGUAUGCCACGGGUUUUAAUUGCGGAAGUGUACUACGAGAUGGGCCUCAACUACAAAGCGAUCGGUUCAACCGAGCACUCGCUAAAUGCCUUCCGUAAAUGCGUCAGAUUUUCGACAAAUGUUCAUCAUGAACUGGAUCUGAUGGCAAAGUUAAUGGUGACAAAGGCCUCCCAGAACCCGCCGAAAGGCUGGUCAUAUUUGGAGUUGAAAGAGGAAGCGAAAAAAAGGCUAAACUUGCGUAUGCUUGUAAAAACGAUUGUGGCGAUAGGUAUGGCUGCACAAAAUGAAGAACGAUUUGAAGAGGGUUUUCACCAUUUUGGAGUGGCCGAAUGGCUAAGUAGAAAGACGAACGAACAAAUAGUUGAUGCUUUAGAUACAGAAAUCGCUAUAUUUAAUAUGGCCAUCUGUCGAACAAAAAUGUUCUUUAAAGUAUUUCCUAAAGCGAGUAAAUGUGAACCAAGAUUCCGGAUGAAGGGCUGUAAUCAGUGGACGCAUUUCGAAGAACACAAUAUGUAUUAUAAAAUAAAAAAGGAAGUUCGAGAAUUGUACAAUUUGUUCGAUUUCAAUGAUUCAGACGUUGACGUUGACGACGAAGAGUUUUUGGAAAAUGAGAACGAAGAGAUUUCUAUUUCUGAUAAUGUAUGA